UUGCUGCACACCAUCAUCAUCUACUACCGUUAUUCUGAAUGCUACAGCCCUAAUAACCUUGAAACUGCUCGCAUCUACCUCGUUGCUAUUGCUAAUGGCCACCGAUCCCUAUCAUGCUGUUCAACAAGAAGUUCAGUCAUCGCUGCAGACAGCGAGCCAAUUACGCGCAUCAUAUGUUCGUAUUCAAAAUAUGGCUGUCCGAGAAGACAGCGAGGAACUGGUUUGGGCAAAGAAUGAGUUGAGAGCAACACUUACUGCUCUAGAAGCAGACUUCGAGGAUUUAGAGGAGAGUGUGAAAAUCGUCGAGUCUACGGGUGUACGAAUGUUCGGAAUUGAAGAGGCUGAACUUCAAAAACGGAAGAAAUAUGUUUUACAUGUUCGUAGAGAGAUUGAGAACAUGAGGGCGGAGGUUUCUCCCCAAACUCACCCUGCACCGUCAUCGCGAAACGGAAGGAAUUCGCCACAAACGCCCCCAUAUUCAGCGGCCGCUGGGGGUGAAGAUCAUCAGGAAGCAUGGGCAAGGGAGGAACAGCAAAUGAUGAUGCGAGAACAAGAUCGUACAAUAGAUUCCAUAGCUGGUACCUUGUCCACAUUAGCCCAGCAAGCCGGACUUAUGGGACAGGAAAUAGGCGAACACAACGAACUGUUAGAUGAUUUAGAGCGUGGUGUCGAUCGGACAGAUUCGAAACUCAAUAGUGCUAUGAAGAAGAUGAAAAAGUUCCUGCGUGAUUCGGAAGAACGUGGCAGUGGAUGGUGUGUUAUCGUCCUCAUUAUCAUCCUCAUGAUCCUAUUGUUGGUUGUUAUUCUGAUCUGAGCUUGUGGAACAAGUUGAACUAUCUAUUCUUGAUAGGAUAGAGCACUUAAUUAUAUCUAGUAAUC